AUGGCAUUGGAAGAGGCUGUUGUUUCGUUUGUGAUUAAAAGGCUUGGAGACCUGCUAAUUAAUGAAGCCAAGUUCUUGUAUGGAGUCAAAGGCAAAGUCGAGAAUGCAAAGAUCAAGCUGCAAUGUAUGAGGGCUUUCUUAAAAGACGCUGAUGCUUCUAUAAGAAAUGGUGAUGAGAGGGUUCGCCUUUUGGUUGUCCAAAUCAGAGAAAAUUCUUAUGCCUUGGAGGAUGUUAUUGAAACUUAUGUCUUCAGAGUGGCUUCUAAUGGUGAUGAGAGUGCUGGAGGAAUAAGACGUGUACUGAAAUGGUCAGCUCGCAUUAUUGGUGUCUACAAAGUUGGAUCAAAGAUAAAGGAGAUCUCAUCAAACAUUGAUACUUGGACGUCAGAAUUAGAAAAAUAUGGAGUGCAGAAAUCAGUGGACCAGGCAGCUGAACCUUCUUCAAGCUACGUCCAGGAGCGAAGACAGUUGAGGCAAGCUUAUUCUUAUGUUGAAGACAAUCAUGUUGUUGGAUUCGACAAAGACAUCAAAGAUUUGGUAGUCCUUUUGACUGAACAAAAGGACCCUCGUAAGUAUAAGGUGAUCUCUGUAUGUGGGAUGGGUGGUUUGGGGAAGACCACUCUUGCAAGAAAGGUUUAUCAACACCCCCAAGUCAGGACUCACUUUGAUUGUUAUGCUUGGGCUUCAAUAUCUCAGCAAUGCAAUACACGGGAAGUCUUGGAAGGAAUUUUAUUUGCUUUCACUUCUUCCACAGAUGCACAAAGAAACCAUAUCAAAAGCUUAAGUGAUGUUGAAUUAGCCAAGCAGCUUCACAACUUUCAGAAACAGAAGAAAUGUCUGGUGCUCCUUGAUGAUAUAUGGACCACUACAACUUGGGAUCUUCUAAAACAUGCAUUCCCUCAAGGAGACACAGAUAGCAAGAUCUUACUCACCACUCGGAAUAAGGAUGUAGCUUUGCAUGUGGAUCAAGGUGGUUUCAUCCAUGAACCUCAUUUUCUCAGUGACAAGGAGAGCUGGGAGCUGUUUCAGAAAAAGUACUCCUGUGUUGGAAUGGAUCCAUCAAAUUCAGACUCUGAUGAUAAUGAAAGGAAGAAAGAACUAGCGGUUGAGAUGCUUAAAAAGUGCGCUGGUUUGCCAUUAGCCAUCAUCGUGCUCGCUGGGCUUCUGUCUAAGAAACACACCAUAUAUGAGUGGGAGCAGAUGAAAAGAAACAUUGUGCGCUGCAUAGGUCAAGGUGAACAACAUGAAGACUCAAAAUACCGUAAUAUGCCACCAUAA